CUUACAUAGCGUCAGUUCUAUCAUGAUUUCAUCAUCCUUUGGCCGUUUUUAUCGGUCCUCCCAUACAAUCUCCGCCGACAUCUUUUCUAUAUACCUUCUUAGGUUUUGUCAGUAACAGACCGAAAAACGGCAAUUUGCCUUUUUUGCAGAGGCGCAGCUAAACAUGACCUCAUGUAUACGGAAUCCGUGAUGCCGCCUGACAUAGAGUGUAUUCACCCUGCCUCCCUCUGUUUCUAUCCAUCAUCUACCCUCUAUCGCCCAUUCUCGCCAGUCAAUUUUUUGAACGGGCUUCAAUUAUUGAACCUCAUCUACUGUAUUUAUUCUUUAAGUCAAGUAUCUACCUCUGCUCUGUUACUCUCUCGAUUUGAACACUAUGAGACAGCCACAGUGGGCCGACGAGCAAGCCGGAGACCCUAGGCUCAGCGAACAGGGCUGUACCGAGGUCUACAAGCAUAAAAGAUAUCAAGCAUCAAAGCCACCUUCCUAUACACAGACAGCGCAGGACAGCCCCCCUGAGUACGGUGAUACUACAGCGGACUUGGAAGCCGCUAUCAAUUGUCGGGAGUGUUGCUGUAGGCCUCUCCGUGUAAUCAAGAGUCGAUGGAUCUCGUUUCUAGAGUUCAUACGUCGCCAUAAAACAUGCGUGGUGAUAUGCGGGAUAGUUUUUGCAAUUUUGGCAAUAGUCGGUGCUCCCGUCUACCCUUUCAUGCUCGCUGAUCGGGAAGUUCAGAAAAACGCUUUAGCACAACAACAAGAGUACAACUACUGGUACAACUACUACUACAACUACUAUAAGAACUACUACCAAAAUAAUACACCCCCGCAGUGAAGAAGGUAGACUUACUUUUUUGGCGAAGAUGGGAUGGGUUUCGGUCUGUUCCGCUUUGAGGCGGGUAGGGUAGACAUCAUCAUGUCACUUGUCUGUCGUUAUGGUUUUCUUUUUUUCUUUUCUUUGUUUUGUUCAUUUUUGUUCUUAUCUUUAUCUUUACUUCUUUCUAAUUCAAC